AGAAAACGUUAUUAUAUUGCGUCCGAAAAUUUGCACGAUCGGAUUGUUUUUGCCAUUUGGCAACGUUGCCAAAAAUUAUAGCUUCGCAGCUCCACCACUAGGGGACCUUUAACCCUUAACAUAACCUAAAACUAAGUUUUAGUGUCACCGCCUGCAAGAACCUCCCGGCUUACGAACCCGAUGACUCCUUACGUCGACCAAAUUUGAUAACAUCCAUCAAUCAAGAAAAAUCCUUUAGAAACUAAAUUUUUAAAUCCCAAGUGGUGAAAGUGCUAUAAUGUUGUUGCUAAAAGUCCUAGGGAGGCUCCUUAAUAAACGGGUCACAUGGAAACUUUUAAAUGCCCCACCACAUUCCAACUCGCACUGCUUAACUAGUGCAGCCAACAUAUCUUCUCCAACUGUUAGACAUUACAGUAAAGAAUUAUGCCCACCAGGCAGUGGCCCUAAGAAACAUGAAGGAGGUGAUGGUGGUGGUGGAGGAAAGUUUUUAUUGACUUUAGGUGCUUUGACAUUGGCAGGAGGUGCCACUCUAGCCUAUGCCAAAUAUGAUAAGGAUUUUAGGAACACGUUGGUUUCUUAUGCACCAUUUACUGAAUCAAUUUUGGAUUCAAUGGACGGUUUAAGCCCUGGAACCCUGUAUGAUGAUGCCAAAAAGUCUAUUUUGAGUGGUUUUGGUGGUAAUCAAAAGAACUUGCCUGGAGGGCAAGAUGCUAUUCCAGAACCUAAGGAGUACAAAGCUCCCCCGCCAAUAUUACCUAUUAUUGAAAAAGAAAUUCCAAGCAAACCCGAAGAAAGCUACAAAGAAAUAAGAGUGGAAGAAAAGGACAAGGACGUUGAUAUUGCAGGAGAACCCAAACCAAAAGAGCAACUUUCCGCAACAAACACAAAAGCUCUGGCAGAGCUAGAGCAGAAAAUCUGCCGUUCUGCCGAAGAUGCCGUCAACGCUUACAACAAAGCUGUCCACGUUUUGCUCAGCUAUAAUAGGGAUAUUGAAUAUAUCAUUGAUGAGGCAGUGAACGAGGUUAAACCGGAAUAUUGGGAAACUAUCAGGGAAAAAACCAGGCACAAGGACGAAUGUAUUAGAAGGGCCCAAGCGAAAGCCGAGGAGGCCACAAGGGAUAUUAAUAAACUAAAGGCUUUGGUAUCGAGUUCCGAUUUUGAUGCCCCUGAGAACACGAAAGUUAUUAUCAAGAAUAAUAUUUCAAAGGUUCAAGAUGAUAUCAACGCAGCCAAACACGAGAUGGAGCUGGAAUUGAAGCAUGGUAACGUAACCGAAAAAUACUGGGAUAAGGUGGAAAGGGCCAGGAAAAACUUCUCCGAAGAGUUGGAAAUUUUAUUUCCGAACGUCGAUAUUUCAAAGAAAAAGCUGCAAAUUAACGCGGAGGAGUUGGACCUGUUCAUUUUACAUGCAUACGCCAACGUACUGUUUUAUCAGAAGGAACUGGCCAAAAUGGAAACUCUUCUCCAAAGCAGGGUAGACCAAGCGGUAGAAGAAGCAAAACGGGGCGGCCUGGAGCCGCUCACACUCGCCCAGAUUUGCGAAGCAGUCGAACAAGAAAAAAGGCGUUUAACCGCUUGUUUCCAGCAACAGGUGCUUAAAUUGCGAAAAGAGGCGGAACAAGAGCUACGCGAACAACUGAAAAGACAAUCGCAGUGCUUCAACGACCAUUUGAACGAAGCGAUCAGGGUGAAAGAAAUGGAAAUAGAGCGCGCUCUCUCGCGGCGAUUCGACGAAAUGUUGGAGAGGGAAAGAUGCCUGUUUAAGAUCCAGUUGGCGGCGAUGGUUGGCAGACUGAAAGGGUUGGAUGAGGGAAUUAAAGCUAGGAACGACGCUGACGCCUCCUCAAAACAAGCCCAAGUACUGUGGAGCGCAUGCCAGUCCCUACUGAGAGCCAUCAGGGCCGGUUGUCCCGGUAUACCCUGGAAAGAUCAAAUUAGACCCUUGGAACCUGAAAUUAACGCCGUUGUCAAAGCCGCUGCUGAAAAUGACGAAUUAGUAUCGAUAGUAAUUGAAACAAUGCCCAGGGAAGCAAAAGAGAGAGGCGUAUUUCCGGAAGACGCGUUGAGAGAACGGUUUUUGAAGGUGGAAAAGGUGGCUAGGACUGUUGAUUUGGUGCCGGCACAAGGUGCAGCAUUGCCGGUUCACGUACUAUCUUACAUCCAAUCGGUGCUCUUAAUAAAAUCCCCCAGUCCGAUUCCGCAAGCGGAAUUAAACGACGAAAAGGUCGAUUUUAGUAAAUUAAAUACGAACGAGAUUUUACAGAGGGCCAGGUAUUGGUUAGACAGAGGAGACUUCGCCCAAGCCCUAAAAUACAUGAACUUACUAAAAGGAGCCCCACGUUGCGUAGCGAAACAGUGGAUGAACGAAACCAGAAUUUUAUUGGAAACCCAACAGGCGGCCAACACCCUAAUGGCCCACGCUGCCUCUAGCGGACUGAUGUACCUAUAAAAAGUCUAAUUUUAUUAGAAAACUUACACCUCUUUAUUCGAAAUUCCUACCUUUAUAACAUCAUCAAGGAUUGUGUUUUGUUAUCAUACCGAAAUAUGUAAUUUUUGUGGUAUGUUUGGUCUCUUUUGUGUGCAUCCAAAUUAUUUAUUGUUGAGUAAAAAAAAAAUCGUUUUUUUGGAAAAUAUAAUUUUAUUUAUUAGAAA